ACCAACCAUCCAUUCGCCCGCGCCAUACACUUCUCUUCUAUCAAGCAAGCAAAGAGAAAAGACGCACCAAGAAACCAAAAGAAAAAAAAAAAAAGAAAAAAAAGAAAAGAAGAAUACAAUGGCGUCGGCUCCUUUUUCGGCCCACGGCUUUCUCCUCCUCCGCCGCCGCCGCUCGGCGUCGCAGCCGCUGCUGACCUUUCACCCCUCUCCGAUAUCCGGCGCUGCUGCUCCGGCGAUGAAAGCAUGGUCUGCUCGCUGCUUCUUUCGGCGCUCUUGCUCUUACUCUUACUCGGCCCGCUUCCGACGUAUGCAGAGUUUUUCUCGAUUUGAUUUUCAAAUCACUAAGGCAUCAGUUUCUGGAUUAGAACCUUCCAAUGAUGACAAUGAAAUCAAUGAGAUGCUCGAAGGGUUAGAAGCGAAACCAAGUAGUCCAGGGACAUCAUUCCUGGCUAAAUUAGCAGUUGCUGUGGGCAUUGCGGCAACAGUUACUCUGAUAUCUGUUUACUUGAAGUGGCCUUCUUCAGGAACAUCCUUCAGUUUUCUGCAUUUUGUUGAUGACUCAUCACAAUCAAAUCCACUGCCAUCUCCAGUCGGCUUUACCUUGGAGCUCUUUGGAAAUAAAAUUGUACUUCCAGAACGUACUCUAGGGUGGAUCUACUUUUGGUUGCUCAUGGCUGCUGGUUGCGGACUUUUUAUUAGUGAAGAGGCUCUUAAUAUUUGGGUCGGCAUAUCUUUAGCGCGGAGUCUUUCUUUAAAUGGGAAUUGGCAAACUUUGGCUACCUCACUUUCUGCUAAUGCGCCUUUCAUUGUCUCCACUGUUUUAUGGGUAUACUGGGGAGUUUGUAUCAGUGAUAUGAUUCCAUUCUACCUAGGGAGAGCAUUUAGGCAGACCAAGGCAUCUGAGAAUCUACUUAGCAAGCUAGGAAUCGGCAAAGAGAAAGCUCUAAGUAUAACGCGAGUUGUACAGAAAUAUGGCAACCUCAUUGGCUUUGUUGAGCGAUUUUCACUUGGUGUACGUAAUCCUACAGCAUUUCUAGCCGGUGCAUUGGGCAUAUCAGCGGACUGUUUUUUUGCCGGAGUUUGCUGUGGCGGUCUAAUUACUCUUCCUCUUCAGUUGGCUGUCGGAUUCUUGCUAAGAGAACGGCCAGUCGUGGCACUUGCUAGUGUUGCAGCAGCUGUGGGCAUCUGGACCAUAUUUCCAUACUUGAUCGCUGCGUCAACAGCACUGUUCCUUUUCCUUCGCCAACACCGUUCCAGUUCCAACUGAUGUGUACCCCACGAAGAUCUUCUUUGCCCUUUGCAAGUCCUAAGAUUUCUAGGCAGGGAGUAUUGAAAUUUACAGACAUCGUUUAGUGACCCUACAAUGUUCUCAAUCAAUCAAUGUUGAUUGAGAUACAUUUUUAAUCACUAAAAGGAUUAUAAGGAGUGUAGACCUUUCCUUGUCCCAUUGCAUUGCAAUUCAAGUUUUAUGGUACAUUUAUGAAGUACCACUCUGAAAACUUUUGCUUAGCCAUACAUUAUUAUGUAUAAUUUUUUUUCUCUGCAAUUUUUCUUUCUUUUUUUUUUUUUUUUUUUUUUAGUAUGCUAGACAGACUUUUUACUGUAAUACAUGUUGCUGCAUUAACUGGAGUAGCAAAUAUUAAAUUUUAUAAAUAUGGUUGCAAAGCACAUUUACUUU